CUCGCAAGGAUCCUGAUCCUCACCGGUAACCUCAAUAGACCCAGGCGGUCGAUCUGGACUACGCCCCGCACGUCGCCAUAGAGCAUCCAUCUCCCGGGCCUCACGGCACUUCAUACACGAAAAGAACCAUCUACCUGUACGGUAGUCACCCAGCGUGCAACAACACACCAACAUGGCUGCUGGCGAGGAGCCGGUGUCUCGCGUCGACGACGACCCCAGGACUUCUUCUGACGCUUUAUCUCUGCACACCAUUGCAGAUGCCGAUCUAUAUGCGUCGCAAGAGCAGGAAGAUGCUGACUUUGCGCUUGCACUGGCGUUGGAGGAGCAAGAGAAUGCACGGUACGCUCGUACGCAGAGGAACUUGCGGGGAGAAGAUCCCAAUCGAGUGAAUGCGGCUCCUGAAGCACCUGUCGACGCUCAAGCAGAAGUAGCUCCACCUCCGUAUCGCGAUGAUCCCGAUGUUGUUGUGCCUGACGACAAUCUCCCGCCCUACCGCGAUGACCCCGAUGCAGUACCUGCUGAAGGCGAAGCAGAUGAAGCAGUCACCGAGCCUGCACAACGUCAAGCAGCUAUCGUGAGGGUGCUCCGGAAGCUGUUCAGAACAUGGCUCUGCAUCCUCAUGGUCUCGACAAUCGUCACUAUCACUAUCAUCGUGGUUGUGCUAGUCUUAGUCUUCGUGUAUGGCAAGACCCCACUGUCAAAAGAAGCGUCCAAGCAGGCAGCUUGGGAGGCAUCCGGCUCAUCUGACUACGACCUGAGAUUGACCAAGCUCUACCCUGCCCUCGAAGGGGGCACCAAAGACAGUUGCAAGAGCGUCUGGAACCAGUAUUCCCGCAGUCUCAAGUGCCAUCGUAUGAUAUUAUCUCCAGCAUGGGACGAUGGUGACGCCGCCGAAGCGAGCGCAGCAGGGGCAGAUCCCUUUUUCUACUCCACAGCCGUCUGCACGGAUGAAUGCAGCAGAUCUAUCAACAACUUGCGGAGAGUAGCCCGGACCUGCCUCAAUCGAACAGACCGCUUCGACUUCGCUGCUUAUGGCAACAAUGGGAAGGCGUACUUUGAGAAGCAAAAGAUGGAAGAGGGCCCACUACAUGCUUUCACUGGUCUGUCGGAAAGAUAUCGGAGGCUCUGUCGCAGCAAGCACAAUUACGCUGAUACGAAGUGGGGCACCUGUGCGGCGGAUCUGUGGAUGAACUGGGGUAUUGUCGAUGGCAAGAACGAGGCGCAUCUCAAUGGGCUGGAUCAAUUCAUGGAGCAGACAUCGUCGAAAAAGACGAUACAGGGCAGCGUGCAAAAGUUCCCCAUACUUUUGCGCACCGGCACAAAUGGAACAACGACGAUCCGCAUUAAGCAGCGCAGUGUUGGUCCGGGAGAUCGCGAAACAACUUGUAGUGCCUGUACGGUGGACUGGCUGGCGCGUAAGAUGCGCAGUUUUGAAUUCGGGCAGAUCCUCGACCCGGUGACGGGUGAAGCCCUCGGACUAUCCGAGUUCCGCGAGAAGCUCCGAAGCGCUUUGCUGAGAUGCAACCGACUUGAAGCACAUAAAGUCUUGCGAAACAUGGAUGAGAAUUGGACGAAGCUCAGGUGGUGGUGCAAAGACAAACCAUGUAUCCCUUUCAUCGACAAGCCACCUCUCUCCAACGAGACCAUGGCGGUCCUCCACGGCUGGCCCGACAACAACGAAGGACUAGUCAAGAUCCGCGAACUGCUAGAAAAGAAGGAAGCCCCCGCAAAAGUACUAGAGGCAGCGCAAGUCCUCUAUGAUGGCUUGAAGGCCAUGCCGUGUGGCUACGGCUUCGACCCAAUCAUUGCCAAGCGUGAGAUCCUCCCCCGCUCCCACAUCGUCGCCCGCCUCUGCAGCGCCCCUUGCCGCAACGCCCUUGACCGCCUCCGCCACCAGCACCACGCUCUCUUCCUCGACGCCGCCCGCGCCGACCGCGCUUACGAAGGCUUAUUCCUGUACCCUAAGACCGCCGCUGAUAUCGUCGAACGAAUCUGUCUGAGCACUACACCCAACGCCAUCGUCCCCAUUGUGCAGUCCCCCGAGAACCUCUGCGCCCCGGGCUACGCCGCCCUCGGCUCGCCCGAAUGGAUCUUCGCAGGGACCUACGGCGGGUACCCUGAUCCGCCGAUCCGGGCACAGGUUCUCGACGUGUUUUCAGGCCGGAUGGACGAGCUUGCUGUCCGUCUGGAGCGACAUCCGAGAACCUGUCUCCAUGGGGACGAGGACUGUGCGCGCACGUGGUCGAAGAUGAUCGCGGAGAGCGCGUGCAAUACGUGCGCUGGGAAGAUAUUCAUUGGGGCGGAUGGCCAGUGGAAGACGACGACUGAGGAGUUUUUGAAGGAUAAGGACGUCAAUGGGACGGCGUAUGUAGCGGCGGCGAAGAAGGGGUGGAGGACGUGUGCGAAGAUGUACGGUUACACAUUUUCCGAGAAGGAGUGGCAGAAGAAGUGGAAGUUGCGGGGGUUGGAUGUGUUUGACGACUGAGCUUGGUGCAAUUGUGGUUCGAGAGAUGUGUGCCAGCAGGGCAGGCGUAUCCCCCU